AUGACUACCGCAUCGACAACAGGAACGCCGCGGACAGUCUACUGGUCCGACUACGACCUCGCAUCCCCACCGCCGCGGACGAGCGACUCGUACGUACGCUUCGUCGUCCUGGCCGAUACCCACUCGACCGAGCCGGCCCAGGUACCCGACGGCGACGUUCUGCUCCAUGCCGGCGACCUGACCGCGUUGGGCUCAGACGACGAGAUGAUCAAGCAGGUGCGAUGGAUCCAGACGCUGCCGCACGCCAAAAAGGUCAUCAUCGCGGGCAACCACGACUUCUCCGCGUGCUCCGAAAUGUGGUACGAGACGCGGGGCAGGGACCUGCACGCCAGGUACGACUAUCCGCCCUCGGACACGAGCAGGGUGCGGCAGCUGCUCGAGAACCUGCCGCCAGAUGUCGUCUACCUCGACAACGACCAGGCGAGCUUCAACGUCGACCGGCAGGGCGUCAGCCACAAGACCUGGAAGGUGUGGGGGUCCCCGUGGUCGCCCUACUUUGGCGGCUGGGCGUGGAACUACCGAGCCGGCGAAGAGGCCAAGAAGGUGCACGCCGGCAUCCCGCGCGACACCGACAUCCUCCUCACCCACUCGCCUCCGCACGCCAUCGGCGGGCUGGACAAGAUCGACGACGGCACGAGUGUGGGCUGUGCCGAGCUGACGCGCAAGCUACUGCACGACAACGAGGUGCGCCCGCGCAUCCACGCCUUUGGCCACAUUCACGAGGCGAGGGGCGUCUACCACCACCGCUACGACCUCGGCGGCGGCGACGAGACCGUGUUUGUCAACGCGGCCAUGGUCGAGUUCGAGUCGCAGAAGGGCGCCACUGUCGAGAAGUUCGUGUACCAUAUCGUCCACAAGCCGGUCAUUGUCGAUGUCCUGGUCGAAUGA